CCAACACAUCAUUAUAUUAACAAUGUUGAACAUGUUCAGUUAGGUGUCGUGUGUGGCUCGAUAAUGUCACCAACGGCCACAGGAACAUCUCUGAUAUGCUGCAUCACUUCAACUGGAAGACCUUAGAGCAAAAUCCCAGGGAUGGACAAUCAAACAGCUGUAGCGGUACAAUCCUUGAUUGAUUCACAAGUCAUAACAGAGACAACAACAGUUGAUGAAGAUGAUGUAUUCCAAUGUGGCAAGUGUAAAAAACAGUUCUGCUCCCUGUCUGCUUUUCUUGGCCACAAGCAGUCUCGCUGUAAUGGCCCUCGGACCAUUCUACAGCAGACAGUUUCCCGGAACAAUCAGAAUGUGCAAGACAUUGUCCUCACCACAAACUGUAGAGGGGCUCCUCCAGACACAGCUGCAGGCAGCCGUGCACCACAUAUUAUUCAGUCCUCCAUUCCAUCUUAUAAUAAUGUGACCCCACAACCACCUAUAGCCCAGAAUAUGGUGCUGACUGAUGAACUAAUGUCUUUUACUAGUAUUGACCAAUCCCUUGGUAAUCAGACUUUACAGCUGGGACCCCCAGUAUCCACAGGAGGGCCUUAUCUGCCGCAGGUGGCAACUUACCCAGCCCAGUCUCCUAACAGUGUUACUUUACUGGGUCCCAUAAGCAGUGCAUCCUCACUACCGACUGGUACUGCCACUUAUACCUCUGCCACUCAUAUCCAGAUCCAACCCAACCCUCCUCAGCAAACAACUUUGGUUACAAGAGGAGAGAAGAGCAUUGCUAACACUAUAGUAAAACCUAGUCCCACAAAAGCUGGGAGAAAAUCGGCCCAGGCCCAAGCUAAUUUAGUCACAGUAGUAGCAAGUGGUACAGAAAAUGGGUCAGUUAGGAUGAGACGUUGUAAAAAUGGUGGCCUUAUCAUGGAAGGGGAGAAGAAGAGAUUGCUCUGUCAGUACUGCAACAAAGCCUUCACUAAAAACUUUGAUCUCCAGCAGCACAUUCGAGCACACACUGGUGAAAAGCCUUUCCAAUGCAUAGUCUGUGGCAGGGCUUUUGCUCAGAAAUCUAAUGUCAAAAAGCACAUGAAUACACACAAGGUUUGGCCUACAGGAACAGGGAAAACAUUACCAGAACAGCCCCCUCUAGAGGUGGAAAAUGUCAUCACUGAACCACCUGCUCAGUCACCAAAGGUCAUACAGAAAGUUGUAGUUAAUGAGAAAGAGCAGCAAAACAACAAUAUUCUAGAUCCUAAGGAAGAAGCUAGAACUCGAGUGUUGAUAGAUAACUCUUACAUCUGUCAAUAUUGUCCCUGUAGGUUCAAAUCCUACUUCCAUCUGAAAUCUCACAUGGUGCAGCAUAAAAACCAACAGGUCUUCAAGUGCUCCAUGGCUAAAUGCAGCAAAGUGUUCAAGGAACUAGAUGGCUUUCUGGAGCACAUUAAGGAACAUGAAUGCGAAAUGUCCUACCGCUGCCAUAUUUGUAGCAAGAUGUUUGUUUCACUGUAUGAACUGGGGCUCCACCAAUACACACACAGUUUGUAUCCUCAUCAGGGACCCAAGACAGGACCAAGGCAUUUUCAGUGCACUCGCUGUAUGAAUAAAUACUCCACUCCUGAGGCACUGGAGCAUCACAUAAAUACAUCCUCUCAUGAUCACCCCUGUCCUCACUGUAAUAAGUCCUUCACCUGUGAAAGAUAUCUACGUCGCCAUUUGCCAUCACAUGGAUCAGAGGGUCAGUUUCAAUGUACAACCUGUCAGAAGAAAUUUAAAGCAGAACACUACCUGAAAAUGCAUGCCCUGAUCCACACAGGAGAAACACCAUUUACUUGUGAGAUCUGCAAUACAUCAUUUAAUCGUAAGGACAAGCUCAAGAGACACAUGCUUAUCCACGAGUCAUCAAAGCGGUACAAGUGUCCUUUUAAAGCAGUAACAGGGUGCACCAAAGAAUUCAGCAGAACAGAUAAACUGAAAUCACACAUUGUCACUCACAGUGGUCUUCGUCCAUUUAAAUGUGCUGAGUGUGGCCGAUGCUUCAGCAGAAAGCCACACUUGAUUGAACAUGAGAGAGGUCACAGAGCAGAUUACAAAUUCAAGUGUGAAGUCUGUCAAAAAGGAUUCUUCCGACCUAAACUGUUCAAAGAACACAAGUGUGUACCAAGCAAAAAUGGGGAGGCACCAGCGAGGGUAUAUCGUCCCAAAAGUAGACGAAAAGUUGGCCGACCUAGAAAGCGCAUGAUAACAGUAGAGUCUGGGAAAGAUGGAAACAAGAAGAGUGAUGUGAGCAUUCAAAAUGUGAUGGUCAUGCAGGCUGAAAGUGAGGAGGGUGUGAAAGGAACUGAGACACAAGAUGAGGCAGAGCCUUCUAUUGAAAUCUCGCCCCCAAAAGAGGUUGAGGACAAGGAAAGAAAAUCAAUGGCUAAGACAGAAAAACCACCAUUUUGUGUCAAGGUUACUCCUCCUGUCCCUCGAUAUCUCACCGUCAAUAUGCAUUCCCAGCCCAACAGCAUUCUGGGACAUGGCAUUCAAACUCAUUUCAUUCAGACUUCCACCUCUGGCACCGGGUAUCAGAACAUUGUGUCCCCCAAUACCAGUUACCAACCUAUUACCAUCAUUGAGACUCAGCCAAUUCCAAUACAAGUUACCCAGCUUGAAAAUGUAGCUUUGAGUGACCAAUUGUCUUUGCAGAUGACUUCAUUACAGGGAGGUGUGGCUGUAAAUGACAGUAAUGUGUCCGUGAUUGAAAGUGUUCCAAUGCAGGUAGUAAUGCCUUCAGAGGAUCCAGAUGGCAUGGUGACAACUCACGUGGUUGUUAGUUCCAGUGGAGCAGACCAGGGAUAUCACACCACACAGCUGGAGGACUUUGCAGGUCCAGAGGGGGAUCCUGUUUUACAAGGCACAGAAAACCUUCUGAAGGCUCAUGCUGAAAUCUUGCAAUCAGCUCAGUGAUUUGUCUUCUCUAGCUUGUAUGAUUUAUUUAGAUGUUAUUUUGUUUUUACCACUGUUAUUGUUUCAAGCUUUAUUAUUGUGAAAACUUUUUAUUCUUCAUUUCCUUUACUUCAUUCUUUUUUUCCCCCCUUGUUUUUUGUUUGUUUCUUUUUUUGUGAAUUUUGUCAGUGCAUUGCAACAGAGUUGUAGAGGGAUAUCUUUUCUGUUCAUUGAGCUACAUUUUCUAUCCAAAUUUUGUCAAAUUGGAAGGCAAGUUUCAAAAUUUUUCAGCUUCAUCCAUAUUUGCAGGAAUGAUACCUUGAAUAAAAAUCUUAGUUUCUAUUGGUUCUCAAGGUUACUGGUGAUACGUUAAGGUCAUUGAAAAUUUCUUGUGGACAAGAUUCAAGCUUUUAACCAUGCAAUUCUUCUCAAGCUUAUAUUAAUGGUACUUUGCAUCUUCCUAAUUAUUUUCAAGGUAAGAUAUAAAAGAUCAUUAGGCCACUGAAAGAAAAUUCUAUGAUUCAUUGUUCAAAAUUGCACAUCUUUCUCAGUUUCUGUCAAACUUUCAAAAAUAAAAUCUUCUAGGUAGAUUCAGAUACAUUGUACCUAUUUGUUUUCAAGAAGAAUUUUAAAAGAUUAAGUCCGCAAGAGAGGAUUGUUGUGUGUUUUAUAAAUGACUACAAAUGUAUUUGCAAAGAUGUUAUCUUACACUUUGGUUACUAUUAAAUGGUUUUUCAAAGUUUUUGAUAUAUGAAGGUUGGGUCACUAGAAUGGAAAUUCCAAAAUUCCUUGACCACUGGCAGAGAUGUUGUCUUGACAAAUGUAGAAUAUAUUUUAAGCCUGAAUAUAGCAUGUUUUACAAGAGAUAAGGAUCUCCUUUGUUUUAGCUCACCUGAGCUGAAAGCUCAAGUUAGCUUUUCUGAUCUCUUGUCGUCUGCCGUCUGUCUGUCCAUCUGUAAACUUUUUUUUUUUUUUUUUUUUUUUUUACAUUUUCGACUUUUUCUCCAGAACCUACUGUUCCAAUUUUAAACAAACUUGGCAAAAAGCAUUCUUGGGUAAAGGGCUCUCAAGUUUGUUCAAAUGAAGGGCCAUGUCCCUUUCAAAUGGGAGAUAAUCACAAAAUUUAAAAAUAGGGUGGGAUAAUUUAAAAAUCUUCUCAAGAACCACUGGGCCAGAAGAGUCGAAAUUUACAUGAAAGCUUCCUGACAUAGUGCAGAUUCAAGUUUGUUAAAACCAUGACCCCCAGGAGUAGGUUGAGGCUAAAAUAGGAGAUGAAAGUUUUACAUGCGAAUAUAUAGGGACAUUUUUGAAAAUCUUCUCCUCAAGAACCACUGGGCCAGUAAAGUACAAAUGACUCCCGGGGUAGGUUGGGACCACAAUAGGGGAUCAAAGUUUAUCAUACAAAUGUACAAGGAAAAUCCAUAAAAAUCCUCUUCUCAAGAACCACUGGGCCAGAGAAGUUUACAUUACAUGAAAGCUUCCCGACAGAUUCAAGUUUGUUAAAAUUAUGGUCCCAGGGGUAGGGAGGUGUCACAAUGGGGGAUCAAACUUUUACAUACAAAUAUAUUGGGGAAAAUCAUUUAAAAUCUUCUAAAGAAUCACUGGGCCAGAAAUGUUUACAUUUAGAUGAAAUAUUCCUGACAUAGGGGAAAUUCAAGUCUGUUAAAAAUCAUGCCCCCCCCCCCCUCCCGAGGAAGGGUGGGGCUACAAUAGGGGAUCAUAGUUUUACAUACAAAUAUAUAGAAAAAAUCUUCUUCUCAAGGACCAUUGGGCCAGAAAAGUUUACAUUUACGUGAAAGCUUCCUGACAUAGUGCAGAUUCAACUUUACUAACAUCAGGGACCUUGGGGGUAGGGUGGGGCCACAGUAGGGGAUCAAAGUUUUACAUACAAAUAUAUAGGGAAAACCUUUAAAAAUCCUCUUCUCAAGAACAAUUGGGCCAGAAAAGUUUAUAUUUAUAUGAAAGCUUCCUGACAUAGUGCAGAUUGAAGUUUGUAAAAAUCAUGGCUCCUGGGGAUAGGUUGGAGCCACAACAGGGAUCAAAGUUUUACAUACAAAUAUAUAGGGAAAAUCUUCUCAAGGACCACUAAGUCAGUAAAGUUUACAUUUACAUGAAAGCUUCCUGACAUAGUGCAGAUUGAAGUUUGUGAAAAUCCUGGUCCCCGGGGGUAGGUUGGGACCACAACAGGGAUCAAAGUUUUACAUGCGAAAAUAUUGAGAACAUCUUUAAAUAUGGGCCAAGGUGACUCAGGUGAGCAAUGUGGCCCAUGGGCCUCUUGUUGAUUAUGCUGUGAUUAUGAUUUUUGUUCAUAAAAUAUUAUUACUUGAAUAGAUAGUAAUUUACAUAUGUAAUGAUUAAAUUUGCAAUAAAAACAUUAUCUACAGAAUUGAUACAAAAUUCAAUGUUUGUAUUUAUAAUUACUGUCAAUGUAAAAGUGGAACUUAGCAUGUCAUUAUAUUAAACAAAGUAUUGCAUGUACAAAUACAUGUACAUGUAAUUUUAUCAUG